AUGAACUCUUAUCACAAUCCGUACCUCUACCUGUUUUUCGUCGCGCUCAUCGCCACUCUCGGGAUCACGCUGGUGAUUCUGAUCAUCUGCUUGUUUUCGUCGAGCGCCCGGAUCUACUCAAUGUUCUAUCUGCCCACCGAUUUCACCGAAGACUGGACCCAACAGUUCAUAAUGCUGUCGUCAAUCUAUUGUCAGCUUCUGGUGGUAGUGUGCGUCGUUCUCCUCACGGCGGAGGUUGUCACCGGCAAACAGCCGCUUCUUUUCUUCUCCGAAAGCUUUUUCUUGUACCUGUAUUCGGCCAGCUUGCUCUUCUUAGUCUACGUGUAUUUCUACCUCCUGCGACAUGGGAGCGGGGAGGCUAAGCAAACGGAAAAGAGAUCGACCGGGGUGAAGGUCAAACAAAGAAUCAGUGAGAACGAUAAGAGCCACGGGAGCCUCUUCUUGCGCGUCGGUGCUAUCGCUUUCGGACUCGGAACAAUGAUCUACAGCGGACUGGAGUUCGGUCUUUACUUCGAGAUACCGACCACAAGUAAAUGCUACUCGAAUCUGUUGGCGAUUAACCCGAUUCUGCAAAUGAUUUUCACCUUUGCCCAGAUGUACUUCAUUUUCAUGAACGCCAGGCUGAACAUACAAAAGUUCAAGGUUGUAGCUCGUUUCGGAUUAAUGCACAUCGUCGCAACGAACAUCUGCGUAUGGGCUCGAACCCUCGGGAAGGAAACUCUGCAAGAGGUACUCUCGAAUCAGACACCAGAAGCUCGGAACCGAUCCACAACCAUCGAGGACGCGGUGCUCACGUUUCGCGCCAGAGCCAACUCUACAGAAAUAUGUGAACGGGUCGAUAUCAUGGGAUCCAUCGUGGUCGACGCUUCUCCAUACCUUUAUCCCUUCAUCAUAGAAUACUCCCUGAUCUCUGCAGCAGUCCUCUAUGUCAUGUGGCGCAACAUUGGCAAAGAUCCCGUUUUCCACUCCCCGCAGCCCACCGACGAUCAAGUUUCGCGAACUUCAUCUUCUACGCAAAACUAUACCAGAGGAAUCAGCGUCUCGCACGCCUCUCAUACACUCACCUGCGCCGGAUCUUCUAAAGGGCUUUUCCUGGGUCUCUUCGUGUUGGUCUGUUCGACCAUCUGUUUGAUUGUGUUCUUCGUACUGGUGCAGCAUAACCGGCACAAGAUCGUAGCGAUUUAUAUGUCGGAGUCGUCACACUGUGGAAUUCAGAUUCUCACAAUCCUUGCGAUUCUCAUCGGAUUCUUCAGGGUCAGAAAACUCAAGUUCCAUCCGAGCCGCAAUGAGCAUCUGAGAUCGAUCCUCCUCAGCGUUUCGUCCUUCGGAUUAUACGUUUACUCGGUUUUCGGGAUCGUUGCCGGUGCACUACUACCAAAAAGUCAUGCUCCCAACCUCUUGCUGCUUCUGACAUCGAUACUCACGAUCGUACAGGUGACGCUGCAAUCACUUUUCAUCGCUGACAUAACCUGUCGGACGACUUACCUCCCCGAACACGAUCGAACCAAACCGGGACGACAAGCUGUCGCUUUCUUGCUGAUCGCCAACAUGACCCUUUGGAUUGUGUACACUUUCGAAAUGCAGAAAGUAGAGGCCAGUCCGGUGCAGCUUGGUUUCUAUGGGUUCCUCGCUUGGACGUUCAUCAUUCGCUCGUGUCUUCCCCUCAGCAUCUUCUACCGAUUCCACUCAUCAGUCACCCUAGCGGAGGUUUGGAAAAACUCAUACCGAGAUGUUAUCCACUAAACCCAGUGUCGAAGUUCUUCCUGAUCGACCAAAGUUUCACUUCUGUACGGAAAUCGACAAUCAAAACCGAUCAGCCCUGCGAAGAGCAGAUU